UAGAGUCAAAGCUGUGCGCUCGCGCUUCUCCCGAUUCAUUUAUUCCACUUUUAAACGAGUAUUCGUAUUCUUCCUAUUAGUUGAACUCCUAUUCGGUGGAAUGUAGGUGAUAGUUCUACGGGGAUUUCCAUUACCGAAGCUCGCAACUGGUUUCUUUCAUGUGAUAAAAUUUUAUGUGCAAAAAUGAAUAAUGCUGGAUACCACAAACCAAAGAAGGAAAAUCCCUACAAAAAUGCUUCGUUUUUCGAGCGAGUUACCUUUUUGUAUAUGUUUCCAAUAUUCUACCGGACAUACCGAAAAGGAUUCGAAGAAGAGGAUCUCUUCGAGGUAUAUGAUUCUCACAGGAGCAAAUUACUUGGGGACAGAGCGGAAGAAACUUGGACGAAACAACACUGUCAUUCGAAACGAUAUGCCUUACAUAGAACCCUCAUCAAAUUAUUUGCUGUCGAAUCAAUUUUAGGGGCCAUAAUCAAAUUAGUAGAUGAAUUACUUUUAGUAACCGUAGUUCCUGUAGCCAUAGGUAAACUAGUGUCAUAUUUCGAAAAGAACCAGACAAGAAUCUCACAGACAGACGCAUGCAUCUACGCAGCCAUAAUCUGCUCAACAUACCUUAUAGUCAAUCUCAGUUUCCAUCCAGCUAUGAUGAUUAAAAUGCUAGUAUCAAUGAAGAUGAGAAUAUGCUGCAGUACUAUGAUAUAUAGAAAAUCAUUAAGACUGGAUAGAAAUGCUCUAACCAAGACAACUAUGGGUCAAAUAGUGAAUCUACUCUCUAACGACGUUACAAAAUUUGAACAGGGAAUGGAUAACAUUGACUAUACCAUAAUUUCUCCCGUCCAAGCUAUUGUAGGACUCUAUAUGCUUUACAGUGAAAUCGGUAUAGCUGCAGUAUUCGGUGUAGUUUUCUUACUAUCAUUCGUACCAUUACAAAUUUAUGUUGGUAAACGUACGUCAGCCUUAAGGCACAAAACAGCCCUGAGAACUGAUGAACGAGUCAAACUAAUGAAUGAGUUGAUCUGUGGUAUGCAGGUUAUAAAGAUGUAUUGUUGGGAGAAGCCUUUCGCAAAACUCAUCGCUCUUGCAAGAAGGAAGGAAAUGUCUGCAAUUCGAGUCCAUGCCUUAUUGAUGGGAAUGCUAUAUUCCUUCGAAAUGUUCCUGACACGUACAGCUAUAUUCAUAAGUUUAUUGGGCUACGUACUUCUAGGAAAUUAUAUUUCUGCCGAGAAAGUUUUUCUUAUCACCUCAAUCUACAACACCAUACGUCCUACAGUAACUAUAAUGUUUUCUCUGGCCUGUUCAAAUAUAGCAGAAAUUAAUAUUUCUCUGAAACGAAUAAAUAAUUUCCUGAAUCUGGAAGAAAUAGAGGAGGAGGAAAUGAAUGCAAAUGAAAAUAAAAUGACGAACGGGUACAAAGCGAACAUUUCAUCUGAUAAUAUGAUGGAACUGAAAGAUAAUAAGUCUUCCUCAGUACCAAAGAUAGUAUUCAAAGAUCUCUCAGCCAAAUGGGCAGCAGAUUCAAACGAUGAUACUUUAUGUGAUAUUGAUAUCGAAUUGAACUCAAAUCAACUAGUGGCUGUGAUUGGACCUGUUGGCAGUGGAAAGAGUAGUUUAGUCAGUGUUAUACUUAAGGAAAUACAAAUAACCAAAGGUUAUUCCCAAAUUAAUGGGACCAUCUCUUAUGCUUCUCAAGAACCAUGGCUCUUCCAUGGAAGCGUCCGAGAAAAUAUUCUAUUCGGAGAACCCUACGAUAAAAGGAGAUACACAGAAGUUGUCAGGGUUUGCUGUUUGAAAUCGGAUUUUCUCCUCUUACCGUACGGAGACAAAACGAUAGUUGGGGACAGAGGAACUGGUCUGAGUGGUGGUCAGAGAGCUAGGAUAAAUCUGGCUAGAUGUAUUUAUAGAAGAGCCGAUAUAUACCUCCUGGACGACCCCCUGUCAGCUGUCGAUGCAAACGUGGGUAGAAGCCUAUAUCAAGAUUGCAUCAAGAUUUUUUUACAUGACAAACUUCGAGUAUUAGUUACGCACCAAAUACAGUAUUUAAAGAGCACAGAUCUGAUCAUCGUUAUGAAUAAUGGAGCUAUUGAAAAGACCGGCAAAUUUGAGGAACUGCAGAACUCUGAUUUGAAUUUUGGUGAGCUGCUCAAAAGUCAUGCAGAAGAAGAUGAAGAAAAACGAGUUGUAUCCAGAAGAACCUCGAAACAAGGUUCGGUAUUACAAAGCAUUGAGGAGAUUGACGAAGAGCCAGAAAUGUCCAAGGAGAGAUUGACAGAAGGAAAUAUUAAAUUAUCCACUUAUUUCAAUUUCAUAAGGGCUGGAGGAAAUCUCAAAGUGAUCAUUGCCCUGGUCCUCUUUAUGCUUGUUACCAGAUGUUUCGAGUAUGGGGGAGAUUUUUUCGUCAGGACCUGGGUUAACAUGGAGCAGAAUGUGAAAGACACGAAUGGCACGUUGGAAAUUCCGAGAACUACAAUCAUAUACACUUACUCUGGAAUAACAAUAGGAACUAUUACGUUCUCUUUGAUAUACUGCCUCAGUUUCGUAGCGUUCUUCACCAAAGCCUCUAUCAAUUUACAUAAUACCGUGGUUGAGAGGUUGAUUCAAGGAAAAAUGACGUUCUUCGAUUGCAAUCCAGCUGGCAGAAUUCUGAAUAGAUUUUCGAAAGAUAUGGGAAUUGUGGAUGAAUAUAUUCCAUUCAUCUUAUACGACGUAGUGGCUAUUAUGGUUGCACUCAUUGGAACAAUUGUUAUAUCUGUAUUUGUCGAAGUGUGGUUGUUGAUACCCUGCAUAUUCUUGAUUAUAAUACUGUAUAUCUGCAGAAUGUUCUAUAUUGUUACAAGUAGAAACAUAAAGCGAAUUGAGAGUAUAACUAGAUCUCCAGUAUACAGUCACACAAAUACUUCAGUCAGUGGAUUGACUACAAUACGAGCUUUCAAAGCCCAGGACCUUCUCAAAAAAGAAUUCGACUCUAUUCAGGAUAGACACAGUUGUGCUUGGUUUCUAUUUCUAGCUUCAAACCGAUGUUUUGGAUAUUGGUUGGACGUCAUUUGCGUUUCCUUCGUUACGCUCUCUACCUACAUCCUCAUUUUCUUUUCUGACAAUAUUUAUGGCGGUGAUGUGGGACUUAUUUUCAACCAGUUCGUUGGGCUCUUAAUUUUCCUUCAAUGGGGUAUGAGGCAAUGGAGUGAGCUUGAGAACCAAAUGACUUCUGUGGAGAGAAUUCUCGAAUACACAAAAAUUGAUUCAGAACCGAAAAGAACUGCUUCUAUGAACAUACCCGUCGAGUGGCCAUCACAAGGCAGAAUAGAAUUCAAGAACAUAUUCUUGAGAUAUAACACGCAAGACCCUCCGGUUCUUAAGAACCUCAAUUUCCUUGUGGAACCAAUGCAAAAAAUAGGUAUCGUUGGGAGAACUGGUGCUGGCAAGUCUUCCAUUAUAUCAGCGCUAUUUCAACUAUAUGAAUUGGAAGGGGGAAUAAUUGUGGAUGGACUAGACAUCACCAGAAUGCCUCUUGAGAGAAUUAGGACUAAAAUAUCUAUAAUUCCACAAGAACCUGUCCUAUUCUCGGGAACAAUGAGGAAGAACCUCGAUCCUUUCAAUGAAUAUUCCGAUGAUAUCUUAUGGAGUGCACUUGAGCAAGUGGAGUUAAAAGAAGCCAUCGAUGAUUUGGGAAAUGGUCUCAAUUCCCAAAUUAGCGAGGGUGGCGCAAAUUUCAGUGUAGGCCAAAGACAACUUGUUUGUCUGGCGAGAGCUCUAAUCAGAAAGAAUAAAAUCUUGGUACUCGAUGAGGCAACAGCUAAUGUCGAUCCACAAACAGACUCUCUAAUUCAGAAGACAAUAAGAACAAAAUUCAGUGAUUGCACAGUUCUGACUAUAGCGCACAGACUUCACACUAUAAUGGAUUCAGACAAAAUUCUGCUUAUGAGCAAUGGCAGUAUAUCUGAUUAUGAUGACCCCCACCAUCUUCUGCAGAAAGAGUCUGGGCUUUUGCAUGAUCUUGUGGAAGCUACAGGAAAUAUUUCGUCAAAGAAUUUGAGGAAUAUCGCCAAAAAUGUUUUCAUGAAGUCUGCGACUUGAAGUGAUAAUUGAGGAUGAAUAAGCUUUGAUAAGGCUGAUAACAUAUAUUUUUUAAACAACAUUUUUAUGCAGUCUUUGUACUUGAUAAUAAACCAUUUCAGAUUUUCA